AUGGAACAUCUAAACAAAAAGUAUCUGUUGUCAAACCGGCAGUACGAGUUCCGCAAAAAUCGUUCUGCGGCCGACUUGCAGCUGCUGAUGACAGCCGAUUGGACUGCUCCGCUUGAUCGAAGCCAACGCACUUGUGCUCUUGCUCUCAACAUUGAGAGAGCAUUUGACAGGGUUUGGAAUCUUGACUUGCUCGAAAAAUUGAAAUGCUACGGCGUCGACAGCAAUCUCUUGGAGCUGCUAAAGCACUAUCUACAUGGCAGACAGAUGAGAGUCGUAUUCACAGGAAAUCGAAAUUGUGGGAACCGUCUUCGACAAAAAGCUAACCUUCAAGAGCCACAUCGAAAGCCUUGCAAGAAGAGCUUCGCAGAAACUCGCAUCCUUCAGGAGGAUCAGUUGGCUGCUUGA